AUGAGAUCAUAUGAUAUUCUUCUCUUUCUUUUCUUAUCUUCAACAUGGUGUGACUUUGGCCACAUACCAAAUGAUGAUCUUUUAAUUAUUCGUCAACGUGUGUUGGAAUUGAUGGUAUGGCCAACGAAAGAAAAUAUAUCUGUUACAGUAGUAGCUGCAUUAACAUUUACUCGAACAUUAAAUAGUUCUUGUUAUUGGCCAGAUAUAGAUUAUGCAGAUAAAGGUAUUGCUGAAUGGUUUACAGCAAGACAUAUGUAUCGAAUAACAAAUAUGUUACAAGCAUUAACUGUUAAUGGUUCAACUGUUCACAAUGAUUCUCAAAUACGAAAAGCAGCUCAUUGUGCUCUUAAUGUCUGGUUAAUUAAUGAUUGGCAAAAUCCAAAUUGGUGGUUUAAUGAAAUAAAUAUUCCUCUUCAUGCAACUAGUCAAUUGUUGAUGUUAGGUGAUAAUGCAACUCAUUUUGAGAUUGAAAAGAUUAAAGAAAUAUCUUAUCGAUCAGCUUGGUGGUUGGGUAGCCUUCAUCAUACUGGUGCUAAUCUAGUGUGGAUGAUUCAAGUUGAAAUUUAUCGAUCAUUAGCCACAAAUAAUAUUACAGGUAUUGAACAAGGUUUUACACGAAUGUGGGAAGAUGUUAUUAUUGUAUCAUCCAAUGAAGUAGGAAUACAAUAUGAUUGGUCUUAUCAUUUUCAUGGAUCACAAUUAUUAUCUGGUACUUAUGGAAUGGUUUGGGCUGUAAAUAUCUUUUCAUUCAUCGUCUGUAGCCAGAAAACUCAAUAUGCGCUAAAUGAACAACAGUUAUUCACAUUUGCUCAGUUUGUAACUAAAGGUGAUGCGUGGAUGAUUAUAGGUAAUGAAUGGGACUGGCACGUGCUAGGAAGAGCUAUUUCCAGACCCAACAAGGAAUAUCAUGUUGAAUUUAAUACAGAAUUGAUUAGAAUAGUGGCAGAAUUAAUUGAAUCAAAUGACACGAAAAUAGAACUAAUUAAUUUUGCUAAUCGUCUUGAUAAUCAAUCAAAUGCUUCUUUAUUAAUUGGUAAUAAACAUUUUUUUCUAUCUGAUUAUCAAGUACAUCGUCGUGCAAAUUGGACAAGUGCUAUUGAAAUGCAAUCUAUUCGAACACAACCUACUGAAUGUAUUAAUGGUGAAAAUUUAAAAGCAGAACAUAGUGGUCAAGGUGUACUGAAUUUAUAUACGGGCAAUACUUAUAAUUAUGAUUUCAUUUUUCCUCUACUCGAUUGGCAAGCGAUAAAUGGUAUUACUGUUGAACAUGAUAUUCCACUUGAACGUUGUAAUGGUGAAACUUUUACUUGGGAAAAAUUAUCUUUUGUUGGUGGUGUUAGUGAUGAUCAGUAUGGUUUAGCAAUGAUGGAUACAGCAUCACAUAAUCUGACAGCCAAACGAUCAUGGCAUUUUUACGAUGAUGCAAUCAUUGCAUUAGCUACUAAUCUAACAUUAACAACACAAACAACAGCAUGGACUACACUUGCUAGUCGAUUGUUACCUACUGGUCAAAUCACUAUUGGAUUCUUCAAUUCAACAGUAAUGACUUUUUCCGAUGGAAACUAUUCUUUUCCUUAUGUUCAAAAUCGAACAUCUAAUGUACAAUGGAUACAUAUAAGUGAAUCUGAUAUUGGUUAUCUUUUACAACUUCAACAACAAUAUACUUCAUUAGGAAUUGAACUUGGAAAUAAAACAGGAAAUUAUCAUGAUAUUGGUGCUUAUAAUUAUACAGUGACAGCACGUGUGUUAACUAUUUGGAUAAAUCAUGGACUUGGACCGUAUACUCUAGAUUAUAAUUAUAUGAUAUUACCUAAUGUAUCUCUUGAAUCAAUGCCUAUAUUGAUCAAACAGUAUAAUGAAGAACAAAUCUUUUCAUGUAUAUCGACUAACAAUCUCUUUCAUGGAACUAUGUGGCCAGGAUUAAAACGUGCAUCAUUUGUUAUAUGGGAUAAUAUCACAACAAUAUUCUCAUGCAAAAGUUCAUUAUUUGAGAUAACUUUAGAAUUGAAUGAUGCUGGUGCUUAUUUAUUUAGUGAAACUGUAAGUGAUUUUACAAUAACGGCGUCUCAUCCAACACGUGUGAAUGAUGUUGUCAAAGUGACCGUUGAUCGAAUAGGAUAUGGUGAAGGAUGCACGGUAUCAUCAGAUGUUGAUGCGACAACAACAAAUGUGACACUGAAGUUACCAUCAGAACCAAAACUGAUGGGUGCAUCGGUGAAUGUUACAUGCAAGAAAUAA